UCACAACGCGUUCCCCUGUCUCGUUCCUUCUCCGACGUUUUGCGCAAGCGUAAUCCAUAAACACAGAUCGAUCAAAGAAGAUGCUCGCAGUGUUCAACAAGUCGGUGGCGAAGUGCCCGGAGGCUCUUCAGAGCCCCCACGACGGAUCUCCGGCGGCGGCGUCCGCCCUGAAAGACGGUUUCUUGGCGGGAAAGUUCUCCUCCACUCACUCCGGCUCCGUCUCCGUCAACCUCGGCGACUCCGGCGUCCUCGCCUACUCUUCCGAUCGCCAGAACCCACUUCUCCCCAGGUUGUUUGCAGUUGUGGAUGACAUAUUCUGUUUGUUUCAAGGCCACAUUGAGAAUGUGGCAACUCUGAAACAGCAAUAUGGGCUGAACAAGGCAGCCAACGAGGUGAUCAUUGUGAUAGAGGCAUACAGGACCUUAAGGGACAGGGGUCCCUACCCUGCGGAUCAAGUUGUGAGAGAUCUCAAUGGAAAGUUCGCUUUCGUCCUCUACGACAGCUCUUCAAAGGCUGCCUUCUUAGCAGCUGAUGCUGAUGGGAGUGUGCCCUUCUUCUGGGGGUCUGAUUCUGAAGGUCACCUUGUUCUCUCAGAUGAUGCAGACCUUGUGAAGCAAGGCUGUGGCAAGUCCUUUGCACCAUUCCCCAAGGGAUGCUUUUUCACAUCUUCUGGAGGCUUGAGGAGCUAUGAGCACCCACUGAAUGAGCUGAAGGCUUUCCCAAGGGUGGACAGCUCGGGCGAGGUGUGCGGUGCCACCUUCAAAGUUGACUCAGAGUCUAAGAAGGGGAUGACCGGUAUGCCCAGAGUUGGAAGUGCUGCAAACUGGUCGGAACACUACUAACACACCCCGCCUGCCCGCCCGACGUUUCCUUUUCAUUUCCCCCCACAUUUCACCAUCUUGUUAUGUAAAUUGGUGCUGAAUGUUAUGGUAAACUGUGAAAGAGCCAUUUCUGACAUUUAAUAAACUACUAUCAGCAAAAAAAAUAAAGAGUCUCAAAAUGCAUCAUGCAAAUUACACCCAGUUUUUUUUAGAAAGGAAUUCUUCAAACAGUCUGAAAGCAUUAAAAUAUACUAUAGAUA